AUGUCUGUGUCCGAGAAGGGCAUGGCAUCUGUGAGGAAACAAAUAAUAGAUCCACGUGACUUGAAAAUCCCUAAGCACGGAUCAGUGGUGCUUGGAUUCCGGCACAGGAAUGUUCAUGAUAUAGGGUUGGUGGAUCUUGAAAUCAAGAUGGAGGAUCAUCUGCUACUAUGGAGUUUAUUCUGGAAAAAUGUUGACAAUUUUCCUUCUAAAAUUGAACCAAUUGCCUCACAAUUAGUUCAACUAUGCCACAACCAUUUACUUGCCAUCAUUCUACUCGCAAGGGCCUUAAAAUCUGUCACUGAUGUUAGGGUCUGGCAACACGCACUUGGAGAAUUAGCAUCAUCGUCUUUUUCCUCUCUGAUGGAAGGUAAAAGUCGUGAAGUCAUGGUGGUGGUGUUAAAAUUUGUUUGGGAACGCAAGAGCAUCGUUACCAGGCAUUGCAUAAAACACUCGUGCACUUUAGUCACUAAAGAUAUAAAACUCGAAAAAACUUCAUUAUUGUCCUGUUGGAUCGAGAAUGAUUUGAUAGAAACAGAAACAGCAGGAAAGCAUGUGCUCGAAGAUCUUAUCAAAUCCUUCUUGUUAGAGAAGGUCAGUGAAGGUUAUGUUCGAAUGCGAGAAGAAACUAGAGAAGUGCUCUUGAAGCAAUUUAUUCCUCAUUUACAUCCUUUGUAUCUUAAGCAAGAGGGCUUGGGAUUAUCAGAGGCACCAGAGGUUGCAGAGUGGGAUGCCAAAGAGAUAUACCUGAACAAUAAUCAUCUGUCCGAGCUACCAGAGAAACCAAACUGCCCUUCUCUAGUAACACUGUUUUUACAAGAAAAUUAUGACCUUAUGGAAAUUCCUUCCUCAUUCUUUAGGUGUAUGCCCAUGCUCCAAGUUCUAGAUUUGUCCCGUACGAGCAUAAAGUCUUUACUAGCAUGUAUUUCGAGAUUAGUUUCCCUCCAAGAAUUAUUUUUAAGAGGUGGUGAACUUUUAAUGGAACUGCCACUUGAAAUUGGAGCACUUUUGAAACUCCAGGUGCUUGAUCUUGAAGGAACUGAGAUUAUGUAUCUGCCUAAGGAAAUUUCAGGACUUAAAAAGUUGGAAUGCUUGAAAGUAUCCCUUUAUGGAUAUGGAAAACACUACAGAGAAGGUAAGCAGAUAUGCAAAAGGAUUCCAGCAGGGUUAUUAGCAAGCCUUUGUAUGUUGAAAGCACUGAGCAUUGAUGUGAAUCCAGAUGGUGAUGAGUGGGUAGCUGAUGUAAAAGAUGUCACAAAUGAGCCGCUUAAACUAGAACCGUUGAUGAGUCUAAAAUUUGGCCUUUUGCUUGCACUGAAAUUGGAAAGGAUUAUCAUCUAUGCCUGCCCAAUGCUUGAAAGUCUUUCUCUGAUGGAAUUGUCCAGUAACUAUCUAAAAGUGAUCAAAGGAGAGAUUGAAUGGUGGAAUUCAUUAAAGUGGCUUGAAUCUGAGUGGAGCAGCAAACGGAAAGAUUAUGUGGCUAAUGUCUUUGUCGAACUAGAAAGGGAUGCAAAUGAUAUUGGUCCUUCCUUCACCACGUGGGUUCGGACUAAGUCCAUCUCUAUCACUCCUGAGCUUAUUAGAGGGCUUCUUAGUAUUGACCAUGUGUUUCCGGAACAUUAUCCUUUUCCGGUUCGUCUUACUUGUGAUUUUAAUGUCGUGGCUGAAAUUUUGUGUGGUGCUUCUCGUAACUGGAUCAAGGGCACUUUGAUUAAACAGUUUGAACUCCUUCCUGAGUUUCGACUACUUAAUCUUAUUGUGUGUGCUAAUAUUAUUGUCACCACUCACUCUUCUGAAAUCAAUCAAGAACAGGGGUUCGUUCUUUUCUUUAUUGCUCAUCAUAUGUCCAUCGAUCUUGCCACCCUUAUUCUUCGUAAGAUGAUUGCUGUCUUUGAGGAUGAUGAGUAUACCUUUCCAUCUAGGCCCUUCACUAAGAUGACUGUUUCCCAGAGUCGUGCACAUGUCAAGGGGAAGUCUUCUAGGGUUGGUACUUCCACAAGUACAGCAGCUGGACUUGCUGAUGAGGCAGAGAUUGAUGUUGCCAUAGUUGGUGCUGAGGAGGAUGAUGUUCCACCCCGGACUUUUUAUGACUAG